UUGUUCUUAGGAGGCCCUGGUUCCAGUGAUUCGGGUGUUGGAGACAGUACGGAGACAGCAGUUGAGCGCGUUCACCGUCUCAUUUCCGAGUUAGGUGAAUCUGUCGCCACUGUGGAUGAGAUUAACGAACGCGUGAGCAACGAACUUGACUGGCGUCGUUUGCACUCUCAAUCACGACAAGUUCUCAAGUGGAUUGGUCAGUGCGAGUUGAUCCUUUGCCAGACAGCAGUCAUCCCAACCAGUCUAGCGGAAGCUGAAUCAAUGCAGACGGAUCAUGAUAAAUUUCAACCGGUACUGAAUGAUGCUCACCCUGAAGCAGUUCAGUGUGCAGCUAGAGCGUCGUAUCUCCUUCAGUCUGUUGCUGCGGACCAUCCAAGGCGUGGGGAUUUCCAGAAAGUAGCAGAGACUGUUGCUGAACGUUGGCAGAAAUUGGUCUAUGCGGCGGAAGAGAAACACAAGCUCCUGAUUGCUGCUACUAAUUGGUACAAGACCUCAGAACAGGUCAUCUCGGUUCUGCGUUCAUUGGAGAAGGAUUAUCGUCGCGAGGAGGACUGGUGUCGUUCGGACAAAGCUCUCAAUAGUGGAAAUGUAGAAUCCUAUCUCAAUGACCUGCUUAACAAACACGGUGAACAGAAGGAGGCCUUCUUAAAGGCCUGCAUUCUCGCUAGACGUACCUCAGAAUUGUUCAUGAAGUACCUCCACCGUCAACCACCAAACACAGCAUGUCGAGUCAAAGUGGAAGAACGCAUUCGCGCGGACAUUGCCGAUCUCAUGACCAAGGAGCAGGCAGUCCUGGAGGCUUGGGCCGCUCAGCGUCGUCGUUUCGAGGAGUGUGUUAAAUUUGUCACUGUUGAGAAUGAGAUGUUAGACCUCGUCCGCUGUAUCCUCCAAUCCUUCGGCGUUCCAAUAAAGUCCACCGAAGACUGGAAUUUAGCUCUCCCAGCCCUAGGCAAACAAUCUCCCCUCUUCCUGAACGUGAAACGCGCCUGCCAGACUCUAAAAUCCCUUGUCGACACGGGAAUAGGAGCCCACCAUGCAGUGCGUCUGGCGAAAAUGUGCAAUCGACUCAACGCCUGCAUUGCUCCAACUGAACCAUCCAGACCUCCUGAAAGUGAGUCUGUGGCUUCGGCGUCUGCAGGAGCUGUUCCAGCAACCACAUCAACUACUACUAAGAUGAGAUCCACUAGCACUGGUUCUAAUAGAACCUCCGUGUCAAGCACGGGUAGCACAGCAAUUGCUUCAUCCACCGACACCACCCCAAGCAUCUCCUCAGCAGUUGGGCUGACAGAAGAGCAAAGAAAGAUGAUAAACAGGCGUCAGAAUAUCCUGCGUGAGCUGGUGACCACUGAACGGGCCUAUGUAAUGGCCUUGCGAACAUGUUUGGAGACUUUCUAUGUUGGAACUAUGAACCCACCGGCUGAUAUUCCGUUUCCAUCUCGAGUGUCUUGUGCAGUGCGUUGGAAGUUGAACACGAAAACAUCAAAACCAUUCAAAAUGCGUCGCCGAUCGUAUUGGUUACCACGUUACGUGACCAUUACCGAUAGACAUCCAGUUGACCUUAGGCAACCUUUAGCCAAACGUGCUCGCUCUGUCUCGGUGUCCUUAAACACUGCUUCCCAACUAACUCUUCAUCUUUUACAAAUUGUGCAGGCUCAAGGACGCAAUGAGAUAUCUGUAGCCGCACACCAGAUUGUCCAAUUAAUUCAGCGCACAGCUCAGCCAAGUAUGGAGAGUCUAGCCUCCCAACCUCCCACUCCCACCGUUGAAAAUCCCGAAGAUGAAACUUCCGCCUCCGCACUUCCAUGGGCUUUCGUUCGCUUUGUUGUGACAGGCAGUGCUGCCUCACCUAAUGCUCCUGUGGAUGAAGGCUUCAUUCCAGCUCGACUGAUUGGAGCUCCAGUGUAUCCGAGAUCUUCUUCCGUAUCUGCUGGAGCUAAUAGUGGAGGUCGACGAUCGAUGCGUCGUUGGUUACCAACUGCUGGGGCUUCAUCAGCCAAAGAUAGGCGACAACUUCCAGGGGCUGGAAAAAGGAGCUCCAAAGCGGAUAUGGCUCCUCCCAUUCCAAUCAUCAACAGAGUUCGUGCCACAACUGCUCAACAGACUGCAAUUGCAGCAUCUGGAACUACUCAGGACAGCACUGUUCUUCUGGACAAUGUCUCUGAGGAGAGUGUUGAGUUGGAAUUACCGCCGCCUAUGGUUGAACUCCAAGCCCUACCGACAACUUCGGCAGUCUCCGUGGAAAACGAGAUGGAUGAGACGAAAAAGCCUGAAGAUGAAGGAACUAACGGUGGCCCACCUCACCUUUCUAGUCGAUCUCCGUCUACUCUCAAUAUUUCAACCAUGGGAUGUGGCGAAUUACAGUCGGCCAAUUCCGAACUUAAUCUCUCCCGUAUGGUCGAAGCUGCUGGAGAAGGUGAAGACGGUGCUGGUCAAUGCCUGCCUCCAGUCCUCACUGGUGUUCCAUCCGAUCUUCAACAGAAUGCUCUCGGUUCUCUCCGUCUCCAUGGUGCACUACGUAUUGCCACACAACUCGUAGGUGCUUUGGAAGCCUCCCUCGCCGAUCUGACAAUAUCCGACGGCAACGGUGGACUACGUACACCUGUGUACUCAUCUACAGCUGCUCAGGAUGAAGAAUUGCUAAAAGCUAUUGCAGAGGAUUCCACAACUCUCUGUUUCGUCAAUCGGCAUCUUCUACUCUUCGAUCAAGGUCUAGUAAUUGCCGACGCAGCUGUAGAAGGUCCAUCCAGAAGUGACGGUGGUGCCACAAGACAAAUGAAGUGUCAAUUCCGACACUAUCUCUCUUUCUCCCAGAUUGCUGUCCUGGAAGAUAUCAGUGUGGCUGGUUCACGUCCCACAGAAGAGCAAGUCCUUUGGUUCUGCGUGUCAGAGCGUCCGCGAAGAUCUACUGUAGUUUCCAGUGGAAAUGGGUUAAUGAUGGGAGGUGCUGACGGUGGGUUACAGUCGCAUCUUUGCCAUGUUCUUGCACCCCAUUCACCAGAGAUUCGUGUCCGCUGGUUAUCAGAACUCAACACUGCUUUGGAACAGAGUAAGAUUCGAGCAGCUGUUGGGUCGACUGUUAACAAUACUACUACCUCGGGAGAUGAAGGUGGGUUUCAUGGAUUAAGCCAAGAUUUGCUCUCAUGUCUUCCACGCUCUAUAUCCGGUCGAUUUGAUCUUUUCCAGGUUCGGGAGUGA